CAAUCCUCAGUCUCCAAUUUGUAUUAUGAUACGGCAUAACACUGUAUCAUUAAUGAAACAUUCUGUGUUGAACACAUUUACAGCGAGUCCUCUGUGUCUCUUAUUGGAAAACACUCAAUAAUAUCCAGAUAUUCGUUGUGUUAGCAGGAAAGAUUCUUCUAUAUUAUAUCUACGUCUAAGAAGAACAAGAACUAGAAGAAGAACAAUAAUUUCAAAAUUUGACAAUAAGGAGAUAGCAGACUCUUUUUAUUAUAUAAUUCGUCAUCAACAUAUUCCUCGAGAGAAAAUGUCCACCGAAACUACAGAUGAAUCAAAAUACAUGUCAGUUCCAGGAAAGGGGAUGGUUGAAAUUUCCUGCAGUUUUUUAGAUACGAUAAAACCUAGUGACGAAUUUGUACAAGUUUUCAAAAUAACAUACAUACUUGCUAGAGAUAAAAAUAAAAAUAACACAAAGCAAAUCAAAACAAUAGAAAUAAAGAUGAAAAAAUUGUUUCAUAAAGUAAUCAACUCGCAAGAUACAAAAUUGGACGAUGUAAUAACUCUUGCAUAUACUUAUCAACAGGUAUGUUAUGCAUACCUUAUGUUUCAUCGGGAAAAAAAUCUAUCUGUUGCUAAAGAAUCCAUUCUGCGUUGUUUGCAUUUGAUAAAAGAUAUAAAACUGAGUCCCAAAAUUAUUAUCCUAACUUUAAGAGCGUAUAGUCAGUUAGGCUCUAUUUAUCAACUACAACAGAAGCCGGAGAAUGCUUUAGAAAUGCUUAAUAAAGCUGUAGAUUUAUAUUUGUUAUAUAUAGAAGAACAUAGCGAGUACGAUAUUCCUAUCGAUUAUGAAGAUAUUAUUAUGGAACUACCAUCUACAAAUAGUUAUAUAAAGCUAAGAUCUAUAUAUAUGUUCGUUCUACGAAGAUCAAUAGCUGUACAUGCAGAGAUGGAAUCAAAACCUAAUGAAAAGUUAAUGCGAUCCUAUCAUUUGCUUUUAACUGAUGAAAUCAAUUAUUUGCAAACAACUAAGUUAUAUAAACAAUGGUUUGAAAAAGCAAAGAGAGCAUAUGAUUAUUUAAUUAUAUGUAAUCGUUUUCCAGAAGCUAACAAUUACAUUAAUACCAUGAUGUUUGUAAAAAGAACCUAUUUAUAUGCAGAAUAUAUGGAUAGUAUGGAAAAGAAACUUCCUUCGGAAGAAUUAUAUGAACAGGAUUCUGCCACACUUCAGUUAAUUACUUUAUGCCUAGCGAGAUACGGUGUUGCGCUUCUUCGUCACUCAGUGGAACGACUGCUACGGUUAGAAAAAGACGAAGAUUCUAAAGCUAAUAACUCAACAACUAAAUAUUCAUCAAAAUCGAAAGACCGGAGAUUAUUUCUGUUCGCUGUAAAUAAUGAAGUGUAUUUAGACUCAAGUACAUAUUGUAAUAUAACGCCGUUUACAUACAUCUUGAAUUAUGACAAAGCUCAGAGAUUCUUUUACAGUAUUCUGAACACGAAUUCUAAAUUAGUGUCAAAUCUAGUCAAUGUCAAAUUAUAUAUUUUACUUACAUUACACACUUCUAACAUGUACAAAUAUGUAGCAUUUUAUGAAAAAGACACUGGCAGACGGUUUCUACUACGAAAACGGCACGCAGAAAUUUUAGAGGAGGCUGAAAAUAUGUUAAGUUAUCAGGAUGGUAAUGAAUUACUAAAACUCUUAUGGCUUCAACUAACAAUUGCUUAUUCUACCCUGAUAGACAUGAAACUAGAAGAUAUAGAGGCAGCUCCCCCAUCAUAUAUGUCUCAAAAACAUGAUACACUUGUUGAUGAAAUUAACGCUUUAGUAGCAAAGGGCUUAAGCUUGCUACGAGACUAUAUAUACUAUAGAUAGAUAGUCACAAGUGAUAUUAGAUGUCUCAUUUGGCAUGAAAUGACAAUGUUAUAACAAAUUAUCGCGCAUUACUUGUAAAUAGUUAGACUCAUGACAAUUUAAUAUCAUCAAGAUCUAACUUCGGAUAACAUGUGCUCAAAUCGCUAUGCAAACGAGUGUACAUUAAAUUGUAUGCAAUUAUCAGUGCAACUGACAAAUUAUUAGAGGUGGGCUUAAUAAAUUUAAUAAUUUAAUAAUUUUGCAUAUGAAAUCUUAUUAGAUACUUACGAUAGAUAAUGAAUUUGACAACAGACCAAAUUUCUUCGAAUAGUUUCGAUUUAUUUCGGUCUACUAAUUUUUUUAACUAAUUACAAGCUUGUAAAAAUUAGCACUUCGACAACUUUGUAUCAUUUUGUGUCGUUCGUAAGAGAACAAGAGAUUUUGUGCGUAUAUGGGCAAUGAAAAAUGUAAAAAACAUUAAAGAUUUAGGCGCAAAUAAAAUAAAAUAUAUAAUAGAUCAGAA